AGUGCGCUGACGGACUUUUAGUGAGUUCACUGUUGUGCGCUGUCUUGUGCGUCGCACGCUCAGCAGCUCCAUCUGGGAAAAAGUGCGCGACUCCGCAGCGAUCAUACAUGCAAAUACAGCAAAGACUCCAGCUUCUCUCUGCAGCAGUCGUUUCCUCUAUACGAGCUUGAAUUCGCUUUUUUCUACUUGUGGCUCAACGUCAGGAGUGAAAUGGAUGUCAUCCCGAUGUGCAGCAUCUUCCAGGAGCUCCAGAUUGUGCACGACACGGGAUACUUUUCAGCUUUACCGUCCCUGGAAGAAUACUGGCAGCAGACAUGCCUCGAGCUGGAGAGAUACCUCCAGAGCGAGCCCUACGUCUCGGCCACGGACCUCAAAUUUGAGAACCAGGAGGACCUGUGGAGCAAGCUGAUGCUCGCCUGUGGGGACAAGCCGAACAAGUCCGACCCAAAGAUCCCCCACAUCAAGGAGGAAGAAGACAAUCAGGACAGUCAGCACCUUGAUGUUGGUGGCUUCAACUCCGAUGCCAGCAGCGAGGCCUCCGACAGCUCCGAGGAGCUCUCCCCGACCCUCGACUUCUCCUCCAACUCCUUGACCGACAUUCUGGGCGACAGCAGCGAAGACCUGGGCUCCGCCAUCAUCGGCACGCCGCCGUCCUCGCCCGAGCUCGGCAAGGAGGGCUCCGUGGCCCAGGUGUGGAGUGGGAUACAGACUGUGCUGCACUCGCCUGGGAAAAUAAGGACUGGUGCCAUAGAGAGGACCGUGGACAGAUCUGGGCUGACCAGUGGGGAAGCAUCUCCUGAUGGGAGGAGGCGGGUGCACAGGUGUCACUUCAACGGAUGCAGGAAGGUGUACACCAAGAGCUCGCACCUCAAAGCACACCAGCGUACCCACACAGGUGAGAAGCCUUACAGGUGUUCAUGGGAGGGCUGCGAUUGGCGCUUUGCACGGAGUGAUGAACUCACCCGACACUUCAGGAAGCACACUGGAGCAAAGCCAUUUAAAUGCAGUCACUGCGACAGGUGUUUCUCCCGUUCUGACCAUCUGGCGCUGCACAUGAAGAGGCACAUCUAAGAUGGCCUCCAUGUCGAGAGCUCAAAGGGAUGAUUCUGUUUGAUUGUCCUGACCUGUUGGGGAUCAGCGAGGCCGGUGUGUCCUGGGAGCGUUAACAGGGGCACCGCCAUGUUCCAGACAGUGGAAAAACAUGAAGCAACGCAGGCUAUUAUUUGCACCAUACUUAGUGCCUCCAACACCUCGCUGUGGAGACUGCUCAUGAAAGGCUUUUACAGAGGAGAAGGAGAGCAAAGAAGAGACUUGGGGCGGAAAAAAGAAAAUGGGAAACAUCUUGGCCGCAGAAGAUGGAAAGAGACUCUUCUGUAUGGUGUUCAAUGCUUUUUUUGUUUUUUUCCAGGAGGAUUAUGGGACUCCGUGGGUGGGGGGGGGGGGGGUCGCCAUUCCUCCAUUGACAGUGUGUUUGCCUGUGCGCAUGGGACUGUGAGUGCCUGUGACUGGAUGCCUGUGCUGGCUUUAUGGAGCGGAUGGAGCUUGCAUUGUGGAACUGUGAGUGAAUGACAUGGAGGGGGUGAUGUUAUCCAAGUGAGGCUUUCUUUGUUGAGGGGGUGUUAUUAUGAAAAGGGUUUGGGGGAUAUGUGUCGUCUCACUAAGAGUGAAUGCAAGCAAAAGGUUCUGUCUGUGUUGAUUGAGUCUGUUCACAGUGGCAGGGAGCAGGGGGUUGUGUGGUCGCGCAUUUAGCGAGAGGCUGCCCCCUUCCAGCCAGGAGGUGGAAGUACAGCUCCCUGUCCAAAUGUGGGAGGUUGUUGUUCUUUUUUUUAUUUUUAAACUUUUUUUUUUUUUUUUUAGUGCAGCUAUUAAAUGUGCAAUGUAUUACAUAGCUUGUCUCAAAACAUACAUGCUAUAAAGCUCAUUUUGUUGUCCAUUGUGUAAGCGUUCUAUCUUAAAAGGAAGAAAAAAAAAACAGUUGUACACAACAAACAGUUAUUGCCAUUAUAACACAAGUUGCAUGGUGUCUGGGGAUGUGUUGCUCACUUGUUUGCUUAUAGGACAACAAAAUUAAUUCAAGAGCAGCUACCGUCAUAAUACGCAAAAUCAUAGUAUCGUAAGAAAACAAAAAAAACAAAACAAAAAAAACAACACAUAAGGCAGUUUUUUUUUUGUUUAAAGAAAUUGGGGAUACCACUAUAACUUAGCCACAGUCUUGAUCGUGGGAUUUUCCUUCCUUUUUUCACAUAUUCUUCACCUUUUGUUUCUUUUUUUCUCUCUGUAAAUGCACUGUUGACUUUACUGAUGCCUUAUGUAAGUGGCCUUGUCCUGUUUAAUAGAUCUCUCCACACACACGUACACCAAACGGCCAUUGCGAAUGCAGUAGUGCGUUAUUGAAUAGCUUUAUAAAGGCUCUAACCCAAACAGCUGCACCUUCUCGUCCCUUUCUCUCACAACAGUUCCUCUUCACUCUUAAAUAUACAAAAAAAAAUACCAUACAUCAGCUUCAUCAUUACUGCCAUUUUUGCAUUUUAUUUCCUUUUUUUUGUUGAAUAAUCAUAAAAUAUACAGAACUAAAUCAUAUUUUCCAAAACGACCCAGAUCUAAGACAGAAUUGUGGAGUAUGUGGAGUAAACGCAAUUUACUCUUAUAGUGUUUUACUACUAUGUAGUAUGAGAUGGUGUGGUUGCACUGCAGAUUAAUUGUAACUUGCUACAACAGGUACAGAGCCUUGGAAACAUGUUCUCAUGAAAUGUUGUGUGGUCGGUCGCCAAGGUGGUGCCGAAUUAAGAGUUCACAGCGAAGAAAGCAUUUAAAUCAGGGCCGAUUCAGCUAGUUUAUAUGUGAUAAGUGUGUAGUCUCAAGUGUCCGUUGAAGUGAUGACGGUAGUCUCAAUCAUGAGUUUGUUUUGAUGUUCCAUGUUUUAUUGAUUCUCUCUCUUUCUCUCUCUCAUUGUGAGCUAUUACCUCUGCUCAGUCAUAGUUUGAAAGACCCUGAUCUGGAUAAACGGUACCGAGACCAGUCUGACCAGUUCAGCUGAGCUGUGCUAAAGGUCUGCAGGUUUCUGUCUCUCUAUGUAAACUGAGAUGGGACAGGGACCAGAUUCUGUCUGUACUAACGUCACCAUAAGCAUGUUUUCACUUAAGUUUCAAGAAUUCAACAGUGCUCUUCUGUAGCUGAUCAAAUUCUCAGAUUUUUCUAUUUCUUACUUUCUUUUUUUGUUUGAACUCAUUCACUUCACAGUUGAGUAAUUUCAUCACCGUUUCCUCGUUUGAGCCCCGACACUUCCACCGGUUUCAUCGAAACAUAAUCUGAAGAAUUGUUGAGAAAGAACUCACUUUGUUCAAUCAUUAAUUUACAACUUGAAGUAUGUUACUCUGUAGUCACAUCACAGGCAGGACAACUUGUUGUAGAUUAAAGAAAAUCUGUUGGCAAGGCUUCUUUUUACACUGAGAAAUGUCAAAAAUGCAAAGAUGUGUUACGUUGUAAACUACUGCAAGGAAUUUUGUAAGGAAGCUUCUAUUUUAAAUGAGUAUGGGACCAAAAACAAGUGCAGUGUGUUGUUUUUAAAUACGAAAGGAAAAAAAAGUUUGGAGAUAUACUGUAAAAUAGAAACACUCAAUUCUCUAUUAUUUGCUUGUGUAACAUCUUUGUUUUUUGAGAAAUGAAUAGUGAGAUUGAGCAUUGUACAUUUUCAUUGGUAUCAAUAGCAGACACACCUGUGGCCUAUCACCUUCAAAGAAAAACAACCUAUUCAGACAUGAAUUGUUGCGGACACGUGAAUUGUCAUAAACUUGCAUUCUGGUGCCCAACAAGUUUUUCCUUUUCUUUUCUUUUUUUAAUAUUUGGCAUGUAAUUUGUCAUUUCUUCCUCUCAACUUUUCAGAUACCUGCAAAGAUGCCGUAUCUUUAGCUAGAUAAUCUUUAUUGGAAAAACAUGGAAAAUACAAGGCUCUAUUUUUGUUUGUUUUAUGGCAUAAGAUUUUUUCAUUUGAAAUUUUUUUGUAAAAUAGUUUCUGUAUGAAUGUAUUUUUUAUUGGAAAAAGGAUAAAAAUACUUUAUUGGUU